AUGCUGACGCAUGAAACUUCUGAUUCUGUUGAUAUUAACGCCUUCUCUGCUCAUGUGCUGACAACAAGUUUUCCAAAAUUAUUUCAAGGAGGUCUCGGGUUGUGCUCGAAAACAAAGGUGCAGCUAAUUCUAAAGGAAGACGUUAAGCCAGUUCAUUUACGCGCUCGACCGGUUGCUUUGGCAAUUCAAGAACAAGUCGGUGCGGAGCUUGAUCGUCUUGUGGCAAGUGGCGGUAUUACGCCGGUUGAUUCAUCUGACUGGACUGCUCUGAUCGUGAUUGAGUACUUCAAAACAGAAAAUUUUGGCCAAGCCGAUGCGCUUUCUCGUUUUAUUGACCAGCAACGAUUGGAGGCAAUUGAUCCCGAAAUGGAAGAAGUCGUCGCUGCGGUGGAGGCGGGUGAACUUGAACUUCAGCAAUUAACUCAAGAAUCGCUUGGAUCGACUGAAGCGCAACAUCAGAUCAUCAGCGCAACAUCUUCCGAUCCAGUU